AUGAGCGGCAGAGGUAAAACUGGCGGUAAGGCGAGAGCGAAGGCUAAGACUCGCUCAUCCAGGGCGGGACUGCAGUUCCCCGUCGGCCGUGUGCACAGACUGCUCCGCAAAGGAAACUACGCUGAGCGCGUCGGCGCCGGUGCUCCUGUGUAUCUGGCCGCUGUGCUCGAGUAUCUCACCGCUGAGAUCCUGGAGUUGGCCGGAAACGCCGCUCGGGACAACAAGAAGACCCGUAUCAUUCCCCGUCACCUGCAGCUGGCAGUGCGGAACGACGAGGAGUUGAACAAACUCUUGGGUGGAGUGACCAUCGCUCAGGGUGGGGUGCUGCCCAACAUCCAGGCUGUGCUGCUGCCCAAGAAGACCGAGAAACCCGGCAAGACCAAGUAAACGGACUGAAGUC